AUGCCUUCGACCAAAGUACAAAUAAACAAUGUACAUGUCAAAAUGAUCAUAGACACUGGGGCAUCAAUUAACAUUAUUGACGAAAAUACAUUCGCCAAUAUCAACAAAUACAAACGUAUCUCAUUAAAACGAACACGUACUAAACUCUUUGCAUAUGGUUCCAAACAACAAUUACCAGUGAUUGGGACAUUCGAAGCCACAAUCGAGACAAAAAAACGAAUGACUGUCUCUACUAUUCAUGUAGUCAGAGGCAAUUAUGGCUCACUGUUAAGUUAUCAAACGGCUACAGAACUAAACCUUAUAAAAGUAAAUGUCAACAAUGUCAAAGUCACCGGUAAUGACAAAAUUGAACAAUGUCACGACUCUCUAAAAGAUAAAAUGGACAAAAAAUUUCCCCAUUUGUUUCAUGGAAUUGGAAAAUUACACAAUUUUGAGGCAAAGUUGCAUAUUGAUUCUUCUGUACCCCCUGUAGCACAACCAGCACGUCGAAUUCCAUUUUAUUUACGAAGAAAAGUUUCUGCUGCUCUUAAACAACUGGAAAAGGAUGACAUAAUUGAGAAAGUUGAGGGGCCCACACCAUGGAUUUCGCCUCUGGUUGUUAUUCCCAAAAAUGACGGAACUGUGCGCCUCUGCGUUGACAUGAGGCGUGCAAACUGUGCUAUCCAGAGAGAGCGACACCCAUGUCCCACGGUUGAUGAUCUUAUACAUGCAAUGAAUGGUGCCAAGGUAUUCUCCAAACUAGACUUGCGUUCGGGAUAUCAUCAGUUGUUGUUAGCAGAGGAAAGCAGAUAUAUUACCACCUUUGUGACACAUAAAGGAUUACGUAGAUAUAAAAGGCUUAAUUUUGGAACUAAUUCAGCUAGUGAACUAUUCCAGAAAGUUAUCCACGAUCAAAUUCAUGACAUACCUGGUGCUAUCAAUAUAAGUGAUGAUGUCAUAAUCUAUGGGAAAUCUCAACAAGAACACGAUACCGCUCUUCACAAUGUUUGUCAGCGCUUUACCAAAGUUGGUCUAACUUUGAACAACGAAAAAUGCCAAUUCAGUCAAACCAAAUUGACAUUUUUUGGUAUGGUUUUCUCGGCAGAAGGAAUUUCUGCGGAUCCUCAUAAAGUUUCAGCAAUCAAGAAUGCAUCACCACCAAGCUCUGUUAAGGAUGUUCGUAGUUUUCUAGGAAUGGCCACCUACUGUGCCAAAUUUAUACCCAACUUCAGUCACUUGAGUGAACCUCUUCGUAAGUUAACCAUGAAAAGUGCUCAAUUCCGUUGGACAAGAUGUGAACAAACUGCAUUUGAUAACAUUAAAAAUGCUUUGACCAGUGAUACAGUAAUGGCUUACUUUGACCAAACAAAACCAACUGAAUUAAUCACAGAUGCAUCGCCAUGGGGGUUAUCUGCAAUACUUGCUCAAAAUUCAACACAACAUGAUGAUCGCCGAAUUGUGGCUUAUGUUAGUCGGUCGUUAUCUGAGGUAGAGAGAAAAUAUUCACAAACAGAACGCGAGGCACUCGCUAUUGUUUGGGCUAUGGAACGGUUGCAGAUAUAUUUACGUGGUGGUAAGUUUACUUUAUACACCGAUUGCAAGCCCAUUGAACUAAUCCUAGGAAACCCGAAGUCCAAACCCCCUGCACGCAUAGAACGCUGGAACUUAAGAAUUCAGGACUUUGAUUUUGAUAUAAUGUACACUAAAGGCAGUGAUAAUACCUCCGAUUUUUUAUCCCGCCACCCCUGUCAAGAAACAGAUAACAAACAUGAAAUGUCAGCAGAACAAUAUGUAAAUUUCCUCACCAUGCAUGCAGUUCCAAAAGCGAUGACUAUACAGGAAAUACAAGAAGCUACUAAACACGAUAAAACUUUACAACUGCUUACUGAAAUUAUUCGCAAGCAAGCAUGGGGCUCCAUAAAAGACUUGCCAACAACUGGAGAAGACGUAAGUGAAUUGAAUCUGUUUGCAAAGGUAAGAGAUGAACUAACAAUUAAUGAACAGUUGGGUAUUAUUCUGAGAGGAACUCGUAUUAUUAUGCCUUGUUCACUUCGCGAAAGAGCUAUACGACUUGCGCAUGAAGGCCAUCAAGGGUUGGCAAAAACAAAACAACUGAUUCGGGAAAAAAUUUGGUUCCCUAGAAUAGAUAAAGAUGUUGAAACAUUGAUUCGUGGUUGCAUACCUUGUCAGGCCAAUGGCACAGCAAAUCACCCUGCCCCAUUAAAGAUGACCGAGUUACCCCCUAAGCCAUGGCACACGGUCCAUGUUGAUUUUUGUGGACCAUUUCCAACAGGGGAAUAUACUUUAGUUGUCAUCGACGCUUACUCCCGCUUCCCAGAAGUUGAAAUUGUGAAGUCUACAUCAGCCACCUCAACCAUAUCUAAGCUCGAAAGAAUAUUUGCAACCCAUGGACUGCCAAACAUACUAAAAAGUGAUAAUGGCCCUCCCUUUCAAAGUAAUGAAUUUAAACAGUUCAUGACAGAAAAUGGUAUAAAACAUCAAAGAAUCACACCAUUAUGGCCAAAAGCCAACUCUGAAGCAGAGAAUUUUAUGAAACCAAUGGAGAAAGCUAUUCGUGGAGCUCACAUUGAGAAAAAAAAUUGGCGGAAAGAAUUGUACCACUUUUUAUUGAACUAUCGAGCUACCCCACACACAACAACAAAGUUCGCGCCAGCUGAACUUUUAUUCAAUCGAGAAAUUAACACCAAAUUACCAAGUAAAAUUAUCAACCAAAACACCAAGAUUGAUCAACAAGUUCGAGCAAACGAUGAAACGGGUAAAAGAAACAUGAAAAGAAAUGCAGACAAGUCAGCCAAUGCCAAAGAGGUUGACAUUAAGGUUGGUGAUACAGUAUUGGUCCGUCAGACAAAAAAGAAUAAAUGGUCAACACGGUUUGAUCCUAAACCAUAUUGUGUAACGCGGGUGAAAGGAACAAUGAUAACAGCUACUCGUCCAGGACAUUAUAUUACAAGAAACAUUUCAUUUUUCAAGAAAGUGCUACAACAAGAAAUUCAACACAACUCUGAGGAUGCAAGCGAUGAGGAAGAUUACAGUAAACUUGAUAAUAACCUCCCUGACACAAACAUUGAGGAGAACAAUGAACUUGCUGAGAGACGGUAUCCUGCGAGAGACAGAAGACCUAUCAAUAGAUAUAGUCAAAACAUAUAUAAUGCUUAG